AGCCCAUCCACACUUUUCAACCCUAAAAUACAGCUUAGAUACUCAUCUCCUCUAAAAUUAGGGUUCAGCGCCGCUUCUUCUCUCUCAUUUCUUCUCCCAUCCGUGCUCUCCCUUGUCUUCUCUCUCCCUCUGCCGACUUUCUUCCACCUGCCGGCGAGAAGCUCAAACGUUCUCUCUAUCGUCUUCUCUCUCCCUCUGCCGGAGAAAAACCUGCAACCGUAUCGCGGCUCGGUCCGAAAACCCUUAGAUCCGGAAUUGGGAAAAUUAGGGCACUCCAUAAAACCCUAGCUAACAAAACCCCCGUACUCGUCACUGUUGGUUGGUUGAAGUUCUACAUUCGUUGAAUCUUCGGUGAAAAUGAGUCGGCCAAUGGAAGAAGAUGCUCCGGCGAAGAAUGAGGAGGAGGAGUUCAACACUGGUCCACUUUCUGUCUUGAUGUUGAGUGUUAAGAAUAACACACAGGUGCUCAUCAACUGCCGUAACAACAAAAAGCUUCUGGGCCAUGUGAGGGCUUUUGAUCGCCACUGCAACAUGGUCCUCGAAAAUGUCCGGGAGAUGUGGACUGAGGUUUGUUUAUAUCUAGGACUGCUUCCAUAUGUCUAUAUAUUCAGUAUCAAAUUGUUAACAUAUUCUUUAUGCUACUGGGAUAUGUUUCUAAUACCUAUAUCAAAUUGUAUCCAUUACAUAGGUGCCUAAGACUGGUAAAGGCAAAAAGAAAGCUCUUCCAGUUAACAAGGAUCGUUUUAUUAGCAAGAUGUUCCUCCGAGGGGAUUCCGUGAUCAUUGUCCUCAGAAAUCCCAAGUGAUGGGUAUGUCUCAAUACUUUUGCUUAUUGAGCAAUAUAUUUCUAUAGAUGCUUGCCUGACUUAGGUAUCCAGGAACCUAUACCUCCUCUAGGUAGUUCCAAUAUGAGUCGUAAUUUACUGUUUCCUCUCUUGUGUUCUGGGGCAUCCUUUAUUUAUCAAAUUUCAAUAAUUAAUCUUUUAUGGAUCUGCUUUGGUUUCACCUGGAUUUAAAGUUUUAGUAAGGCAUGGUUGUUUCAAUGUUUUUUUAUUGACUUCAUAAAAUCUGUUAAUCUUAUUCUUGACACUUUCUUUGUUCGACUCUGAUUUAGUGAUUCAAUAUGGGAUUUAUAUUUAAUUCAAGAUGAUUUUUGACUUCAAAUAUGGACUAAUUAUAAACUUUGGAUGCAGUUAAAUUGAUGUUGCUGCUGUAACCCCAAAUCAACCUUUUUGUCAAAUGUGUAUCUUUUAUGGUUGUAUUACAUCGAUUUUGUAACUGAAGUUGACACCAUAACAAAGCAACAUGAUAUGCAAAUUAUCUGUUUGUUUUUGUGGUUAUCUGUGUUACGUAAUUUGCUUUGUUACCAUGGUUUAUGGAUUUGCGACAUGCUAAUUUUUGUUUCCUUUUCAUUCUUGCAGGUGGAAUUACUCUGAAUGUAGUGUGAGCUUAUUUCUA